CAGAGGAGCGGGGUGGGUCCCCUGGGAGGAGGGCGGGGAGUCCUGCUCCCCGCUUGGUGCUCCUGCCCCCAGGCUCAGAUUUCAACCCUAGCUGCCACUUCUGCGGUUAAGCCCGUUAGGGGAGGGGAGAGGGUCCAAGGUGGCUUACACAGGAAGGGAGGUGUGCAAGGAGCCGGCUGAGGGCCGGCUCCUGCGACCCCGGGAGCCCGGGACCUGACCGGCGUAGCCCCUCAAGCUUGCGGCGGGAAGCGGCCAACCGGCCUUUCCACCCUUCGUUGUAUCGAGCUCCACCAGGGGGCGACCCGGGCCCACGUGCCACCCAGUCCUCCUCUCUCGAAACUACAACUCCCAGGCCGCUCGGGGGUCGCGCCCGCCUUGCCUCGCCUUCUGCUCGCUCCAAUUGGCCGCCGCGGGAGGGGGAUUGGCGGUCUCCAGGGCGACGGGCGGCGCUCUGGGCAUCCGAGGCUGGGAGGCGGGUCCGCCCCCUAUUGUGUAGCUGGAAGAGUGGAGCGGAGCGGUGCGGAGCAGAUCUGGCGGUGCUCCAGAGGACGGCUUCAUCAGGUGUUACAUGAGCCAAGCCCUAACUGUCCAGAAGAGUGAGAGCUGACCCCCGUUACCCAGUCAGAAGGAUUGACAGGGCUUGCUGGGCUGUGCAGGUCCCUGGGCCCCUCCGUCUGGGCCCCUGUGGAUAGGAGGGGCCGGGUGAGCAGGCAGCUGGGCUAUGGUUUGGUGCCUCAGUCUGGCCAUCCUCAGCCUGAUCAUCGGCCAGGGGGCUGACGGUCGAGGGAAGCCUGAGGUGGUGUCGGUGGUGGGCCGGGCCGGGGAGAGCGCGGUGCUGGACUGUGACCUGCUGUCCCCGGCUGGCCGGCCCCCUCUGCACGUCAUCGAGUGGCUGCGCUUUGGAUUCCUGCUUCCCAUCUUCAUUCAGUUCGGCCUCUACUCUCCCCGCAUCGACCCUGCUUACGUGGGGCGUGUCCGGCUUCAGAAGGGGGCAUCUCUCCAGAUCGAGGGGCUGCGGGCUGAGGACCAGGGCUGGUACGAGUGCCGCGUGCUCUUCCUGGACCAGCACAGACCCGAGGACGACUCUGCUAACGGCUCCUGGGUGCACCUCACAGUCAAUUCGCCCCCUCAAUUCCUGGAGACGCCUCCCCAGGUGCUGGAAGUGCGGGAACUGGAGCCUGUGACCCUGCGUUGCGCGGCCCGCGGCAGCCCCCAACCUCGUGUGACUUGGAAGCUCCUAGGACAGGACCUCGGCCAGGGCCAGAGUCAGGUGCAAGUGCAGAACGGGACGCUGAGGAUCCGGAGGGUGGAGCGAGGCAGCUCCGGGGUCUACACCUGCCAAGCCUCCAGCACUGAGGGCAGCGCCAUCCACGCCACCCAGCUGCUGGUGCUAGGACCCCCAGUCAUCGUGGUGCCCCCCAAGAACAGCACGGUCAAUGCCUCUCAGGAUGUUUCCCUGGCCUGCCAGGCUGAGGCGUACCCCGCUAACCUCACCUACAGCUGGUUCCAGGACAGCACCAAUGUCUUCCACAUUAGCCGCCUGCAGCCCCGAGUGCGGAUCCUGGUGGAUGGCAGCUUGCGGCUGCAGGCCGCCCAGCCUGAUGAUGCGGGCCGCUACACCUGUGUACCCAGCAAUGGCCUUCCACGCCCACCCUCGGCCUCUGCCUACCUCACUGUUCUCUACCCCGCCCAGGUGACUGCCAUGCCUCCUGAGACACCCCUGCCCAUGGGCAUGCGGGGGGUGAUCCGGUGCCCGGUUCGUGCCAACCCCCCACUGCUCUUUGUCAGCUGGACCAAGGAUGGGCAGGCCCUGCAGCUGGACAAGUUCCCUGGCUGGUCCCAGGGCCCAGAAGGUUCUCUGAUCAUUGCCCUGGGGAAUGAGGAUGUGCUGGGAGAAUACUCCUGCACCCCCUACAACCGUCUUGGCACUGCAGGGCCCUCCCCGGUGACCCGCGUGCUGCUCAAGGCUCCCCCAGCUUUUCUAGAACGGCCCAAGGAAGAAUAUUUCCAAGAAGUAGGGCGGGAGCUACUCAUCCCCUGCUCUGCCCGAGGAGACCCUUCGCCUACUAUCUCUUGGGCUAAGGUGGGCCGGGGGCUGCAGGGCCAGGCCCAGGUGGAUAGCAACAGUAGCCUCAUCCUGCGACCGUUGACCAAGGAGGCCCACGGGCGCUGGGAGUGCACAGCCAGCAAUGCUGUGGCCCGAGUGGCCACCUCCACGAAUGUCUACGUGCUGGGCACCAGCCCCCACGUCGUCACCAAUGUGUCCGUCGUGCCUUUGCCCAAGGGUGCCAAUGUCUCCUGGGAGCCUGGCUUUGAUGGUGGCUACCUGCAGAGAUUCAGCGUCUGGUACACCCCACUGGCAAAGCGUCCUGACCGAGCCCACUACGACUGGGUGUCCUUGGCUGUGCCCCUGGGGGCUGCUCACCUCCUAGUGCCAGGCUUGCAGCCCCACACCCAAUACCAGUUCAGCGUCCUCGCUCAGAACAAGCUGGGGAGCGGGCCCUUCAGCGAGAUCGUCUUGUCUGCUCCUGAAGGGCUUCCUACCACACCAGCUGCCCCCAGUCCUCCCGCAACAGAGAUGCUGCCCCCCCUGUCCCCUCCGAGAGGUCUGGUGGCAGUGAGGACAGCCCGGGGGGUACUCCUUCAUUGGGACCCCCCAGAACUGGUCCCUAAGAGACUGGAUGGCUACGUCCUGGAGGCACGGCAAAGCUCCCAGGGGUGGGAGGUGCUGGAUCGGGCCGUGGCAGGCAGUGAAAUGCAGUUUUUGGUGCCAGGACUUAUCAAGGACGUUCUCUACGAGUUCCGCCUUGUGGCCUUCGCCGGUAGCUAUGUCAGUGAUCCCAGCAACACGGCCAACGUCUCCACUUCUGGCCUGGAGGUCUACCCCUCGCGCACACAGCUGCCGGGCCUCCUGCCCCAGCCAGUGCUGGCCGGCGUGGUGGGCGGGGUCUGCUUCCUGGGCGUGGCUGUCCUCGUGAGUAUCCUGGCCGCUUGCCUUAUGAACCGGCACAGAGCCGCACGUCGCCACCGCAAACGCCUCCGCCAAGGUAGGCCACCUGGGGCCCCGGCCAAAGAAGGGCCCCGCCCCUCCAUAAGCACCUCCUACCUGGAGGAGAAAUCCCUCCCUCCUACAUGGGCCAGGUGUGUUCCCACAGCCCGUGGUCCUGCUUCCCCACUGGCCUCCACUUUUCCCAAGCAGAUGAGAUUGGGUGCCUGUGUCACCUCUGGUUCUCCUGUCCUUACAGAUGCACCUCUUAUCUUCUCUCCGGCCGGGAAGUCAGCUCCCCACUCUGCUUCGGGCUCGGGCAGUCCUGACAGCGUGGCGAAGCUGAAGCUCCAGGGUUCCCCAGUCCCCAGCCUGCGCCAGAGUCUGCUCUGGGGGGAACCCGCUGGACCCCCCAGCCCCCCUCCGGAUCCUCCACCUAGCCGGGGGCCCUUACCCCUGGAGCCCAUUUGCCGGGGACCAGAUGGGCGAUUUGUGAUGGGACCCAAGGUGGGGACCUCCCAAGAAAAGUCAGGCCCUGAGCAGGCUGAGCCUCGGACCCCAGCUCAGCGUCAGGCCAGGUCCUAUGAUGGCAGCAGCAGCCCCAGUGGGAUGGCCCAGCCCCUCUGCAUUGCAGACAUCAGCCCUGUGAGGCCCCCUCCAGCAGCGCCACCCAGUUCCCUGCCAGGUCCGGGACCCCUGCUCCAGUACCUGAGCCUGCCCUUCUUCAGGGAGAUGAACGUAGAUGGGGACUGGCCCCCCUUGGAGGAGCCUGCUCCUCCCCCAGAUUACAUGGAUACUCGGCCCCGCCCCACCUCAUCUCUCCUCCACCCCCUGGACUCCCACUCUGAGUUCCCCAGGGCGGCGCUUCCUGGGGCUGUGCUCGGGGUUGGGGCCUCCCCAGAGCCCCCGUACACAGCGCUGACUGACUGGACACUGAGGGAGCGGCUGCUGCCAAGCCUUCUGCCUGCUGCGCCUCGGGGCAGCCUCACAAGCCAGAGCAGUGGGCGGGGCAGCGCCUCCUUCCUUCGGCCCCCCUCCACGGCCCCCUCUGCAGGAGGCAGCUACCUCAGCCCCGCUCCAGGAGACACCAGCAGCUGGGCCAGUGGCCCUGAGAGGUGGCCCCGAAGGGAGCAUGUGGUGACGGUCAGCACCAGGAGGAACACAUCUGUGGAUGAGAACUAUGAAUGGGACUCAGAAUUCCCAGGGGACAUGGAAUUGCUGGAGACUCUGCACCUGGGCUUGACUGGCCCUCGAUCCCGACUUGAAGCUGAGCCAGAGCUAGGUGCGAAGACUCCAGAGGAGGGCUGCCUCCUGAAUACUGCCCACGCUCCUGGCCCUGAGGCCCGCUGUGCUGCCCUUCGGGAGGAAUUCCUGGCCUUCCGCCGCCGUCGAGAUGCUGCUAGGUUCCGGCUACCGGCCUAUCGACAGCCAGUCUCCCACCCUGAACAGGCCACUCUGCUGUGAAUGCCCUAAUGUGAGGCAGGGGGAAGGCACACGGACCCUGCAAAGAAGGCCCCCAGCAAGAACUAGCUCCAGCCUGGGACACUGCCCCUCCUCUUUUGGUGCUCAGGCACGGACCCUGACAGUGGGCUUGGUGUGGGAUGUGCUGAGCCUCUAGAGUCUGGGGACUGGAACAGGGAUCUUAGGUCUGCCCGUGUGUGUGUGUGUGUGCGCGCGCGCGCGCAUGUGCGUGUGUGUGGUGUUUGUGGUGUGGGUGAGGUUUUUU